AUGCUGUGGCUGGGCCACGAGCACGGGUUCCGCCGAGGCCGCCGACACGCGAGCGAGUCGGCGGGAGUCGGCACAGAUUGCAGACUACGCCGUCCCCAAGACAUGGACGUGGUGAAGGAGGUCCCGGGCGUGGUGAAGGAGGUCCCGGGCGUGGUGAAGGAGGUCCCGGGCGUGGUGAAGGAGGUCUCGGGCGUGGUGAAGGAGGUCCCGGGUGUGGUGAAGGAGGUCCCGGGCGUGGUGAAGGUCUCGGGCGUGGUGAAGGAGGUCUCGGGCGUGGUGAAGGAGGUCCCGGGCGUGGUGAAGGAGGUCUCGGGCGUGGUGAAGGAGGUCCCGGGCGUGGUGAAGGAGGUCCCGGGCGUGGUGAAGGAGGUCCCGGGCGUGGUGAAGGAGGUCUCGGGCGUGGUGAAGGAGGUCCCGGGCGUGGUGAAGGAGGUCCCGGGCGUGGUGAAGGAGGUCUCGGGCGUGGUGAAGGAGGUCCCGGGCGUGGUGAAGGAGGUCCCGGGCGUGGUGAAGGAGGUCCCGGGCGUGGUGAAGGAGGUCUCGGGCGUGGUGAAGGAGGUCCCGGGCGUGGUGAAGGAGGUCCCGGGCGUGGUGAAGGAGGUCCCGGGCGUGGUGAAGGAGGUCUCGGGCGUGGUGAAGGAGGUCCCGGGCGUGGUGAAGGAGGUCCCGGGCGUGGUGAAGGAGGUCCCGGGCGUGGUGAAGGAGGUCCCGGGCGUGGUGAAGGAGGUCUCGGGCGUGGUGAAGGAGGUCCCGGGCGUGGUGAAGGAGGUCCCGGGCGUGGUGAAGGAGGUCCCGGGCGUGGUGAAGGAGGUCCCGGGCGUGGUGAAGGAGGUCCCGGGCGUGGUGAAGGAGGAAGAGCCUGACAGUGAAGAAGAUCUGUGGUCAGAUGUAGAUGUUCCUGCCGAGCCUAAACCAAGGAGGAAGAAACGUCCCAAGAAAAUAGGCUACGGCAGGAGGGUUAGUAAAUUUUUCUUGUAGAACGAAGAUCACACACACACACACACACACACACACACACACACACACACACACACACACACACACACACACACACACACACACA